AUGGCUCCCAAAUUUUCAUAUCUCGACCUUGUGAACGGGGUUGACGGCUUCCCAAAUGCUGCUACUCAUCCCGUAGCCUUUGCCGAAAGAACGGCCGACCAUUCGCGAUUCAUGUACUUGUCUCAUACAGUCGGGUACAUUAUUCCCAUGGUCCUAGAUGCACUGAAAGAUGUUGCUCUGUCCGGUGAUUGGUGGGAGAUCAAGCCUGGUGUUGUUAGACUCCUGGGCGACACUGUUGAAGAGAGAACAAAGAAUAUCGACGAAACUACUAGAAGAUGGAGAGAUGCGAAGAGAUUCGAGAUUCUAUCCGGCUGGAGAGAUGAGAGAUACACCGUCUAUGCGCCACAGGGUAAACCAUGCUUCUAUAUGGAACGAUCCGCCCAUCCUCUUUUCGGUGUGGUUGCAUACGGUUCUCACAUGACCGUCUAUAUUCCCGCCACCCCCACUACCCCACUCCGAAUCUGGGUCCCCCGUCGCGCAGCUGGUAAGGCUACAUACCCAAGUAUGCUUGACAAUACCGUCGCCGGCGGUAUGGGUGAUGGCCAAACUCCCUGGGAAUGUAUCAUCAAAGAAGCGGGCGAAGAGGCUUCCUUGGAAGAAGACUAUGUUCGUGCCAACGCGAAAGCUGUCGGGUUCGUUUCAUACUUCUACGUCAGACACAAAGAAGCCGGGGGUGAAGCAGGGCUCCUGCAGCCUGAAGUUGAGUACUGUUAUGAUAUGAUUGUGAAGGAACCCAGUGAAGGUGGUCCAGUACCGAAGCCGUUUGAUGGAGAGGUUGCUGAGCAUAUCCUUAUGGACGUUGACGAGGUUAUCACGAACCUUAAGAACGGCAAGUUCAAGCCGAAUUGCGCAGCAGUCCUGCUGGAUUUCUUCAUCAGACACGGCGUUAUAACAGCAGAAAACGAGACGGACUAUCUGGAGAUUUAUACUCGAUUACAUCGGAGAUUGGAGUUCCCAACUAGAUAG